AUGGCUAAAAAACCAUCUUUUUUUACCCUUUUCUUGAUACUCUGUCAUAUACUUCUCCUUCAUUGUUUUGCCCAGACACAAGAUGAUGAACAUGAACCUGAUGAGUGCCCUGAGGAAUUUCCCUGUGGAACCCUCGGAGUCCUACGCUUCCCUUUAACCCAAUCCUCACGACCCGAUUGUGGGCUGUUAAGGCUAGAUUGCGAUGCUAAACCAUACCCAAGAAUCGAAUCAGGGGGAAAAGCGUAUGAUGCUAAGUUCCACGACGGUUCUUCUAUCUUGCUCUUGGACCCAAAUCUGCGCAAUUUCCUGGACACCAAAAGCUGCCAAUUCUCCAGGAAUUUCUCCUCGAUAAGGAAAUCUUUUCAGACCACCCUUUCGAUCACGUACGUGAGAACUCCCGUUCAAACGUUGUUCAACUGUAGCGACAACAAUACUGCUGAUGGGUAUCAAAGUUAUGGCUGUGAAGGAUUUACUGUGUAUUACAGAGAUCCUUAUACGACAAAUAUGUCUCAGGAUACAGGAUACGUGCAUCGUCUUCCUCCUAACUGUUCAUUGAUCCAAUUUCCAGCUCAAGAUGAAGCAGAUGAUGUUGCAGGUGAAAAGUUUUUUACUCUGACUUCUGAGUUUUACCUGACCUGGUCUUUGACUGGGGAUUGUGCCAAGUGUUUCGGAUCAGGAGGACGAUGUCUGACUCAAACGGAAACAAAUGAAUUCAAUUGCUUGGUUUCCAUAGGUUCUCCCCCAGCCAAAGGAAAGCGAAAACGAAAUCUCAAGAUUGUUAUUAUAACAGCUGCUUGUGUUGGUGGGAUUGCAAUAUUUGUCAUCCUUAUGCACUUCCUCAGAAAGAGAUAUUUCUUUGGACAAAUUUGGAAUUUGAUCAGAACUAAAACAUAUAACGAGCAAAGGUUGGAGAGCUUUCUAAUGACUACUUAUGGAUCACUUGCUACAAAAAGGUACAAUUAUUCAGAAGUUAGAAAAAUGACAGAGUCCUUCAAGAAUCAACUCGGUCAAGGAGGCUAUGGUUGCGUAUACAAAGGAAAGAUGCAUGAUGGGAGUCUUGUGGCAGUUAAGGUUUUGAAGGAUCUAAAAGAUGGUGAAGAAGAGUUUAUCAAUGAAUUAGGGAGUAUUAUUAGGACAUCUCAUGUCAAUGUUGUCACACUAAAGGGAUUUUGUUUCGAUGGUCGGAAAAAAGUGCUCAUCUACGAGUUCAUGAGUAAUGGAUCUCUUGAGAGGUUUAUUUACGGGAACAAGAGUUUCAUAGGUCGUCAACUGGAAUGGAAAGUUUUGUACAAAAUAGCAAUAGGAAUAGCCCGAGGGCUAGAGUACUUGCAUCGUGGGUGCAACACUCGAAUUCUACAUUUUGACAUAAAACCCCAUAAUAUUCUUCUUGACGAAGACUUUUGUCCUAAAAUCUCUGAUUUUGGUCUUGCUAAGCUGUGCACAAAUAAAGACAGCAUUCUGUCGUCAGUGAUCGGUGCACGGGGAACAGUUGGAUACAUUGCUCCAGAAGUCGUAUGCAGAAGUAUUGGUGGAAUUUCUUACAAGUCGGACGUCUACAGUUAUGGGAUGAUGGUACUUGAGAUGGUCGGAGGAAGAAGGAAUUUCGAUGUUGAAGUUAGUCACACAAGUGAGAUGUAUUUUCCAUAUUGGAUUCAUUCACGGCUGAAAUUACAAGAUCUUGAACUCCAUGGAAUCACACAAGAAGAAGAUGAUAAAUGUGUAAGAAAGAUGAUAAUUGUUAGUUUGUGGUGCAUACAAUUAGAUCCUGCAAGCCGGCCAUCAAUGUCUAGGGUUGUGGAGAUGUUAGAAGGAAACCUGUCCAAUUUGGAGAUCCCUCCCAAACCCUACUUUUCUUCUCCUACAAGAUCAGAGAGGUAUAGCCUACAACAUGAAUUUUUGGAUUCUGUAAUAUAAUAUGCUUCAAUUCUCAUACUGUAAAGGGGUUGGGUGUUUGAUUCUUUCCUUGAUACCUAAAUCCCUUGUUUAGAUGGUUAGAUCAUACUAUUAUUUCCAUUUUUGGUCAUACUGUUAUUAGGGCAUUGCCAAUUUUAGUCCACUUUAUUAAUUUUUGCCA